CAUUCAUCACUCGUUCGUUCACUGCAAAAUCAUAAUCACCAGUUUUAGCCACAAACCAUCAAACACGAUCAAUGGCUCCAACAAAGGCCGAGAAGAAGCCAGCAGAGAAGAAACCCGCCGCAGAGAAAUCUCCUGCAGAAAAGAAACCCAAGGCUGAGAAGAAGAUCUCAAAGGAAGGAGGGAGCGACAAGAAGAAGAAGAAGGUGAAGAAGAGUGUCGAAACCUACAAGAUCUACAUCUUCAAGGUGUUGAAGCAGGUUCAUCCUGAUAUCGGUGUCUCCAGUAAGGCUAUGGGAAUCAUGAACAGUUUCAUCAACGACAUCUUCGAGAAGCUCGCUCAAGAGUCGUCACGUCUGGCUAGGUAUAACAAGAAGCCUACAAUUACAUCUCGGGAGAUUCAAACCGCCGUCAGAUUGGUACUUCCUGGUGAAUUGGCCAAACACGCUGUCUCCGAGGGUACAAAAGCCGUCACCAAAUUCACCAGUUCUUGAAUUAUCUAUGAUUUUUAUCCCUCUAGGGUUUAUUUUAGUUACCAAUUAGUUUAUUAGGGUUUUCUUAUAUCAAUAUUGUUGAUGUAAUACAUUGGUUUAUGAAUUUAAGUGAUUUUUAAAA